AACAUCAUGAGUAUCAAAUAGGUUUUGUAUUUAGCGGAGAUUUUCUAGUUCGGCGGUAACUCGAACCCAUUUCAACUUAUUCUAUCUCAAUGCCGCGAAGAUUUUGAUGCAGCCUGCAGCCGUUAUUCUAAAUGUGAAGCGAAGAGAGUUUUAGUUGUUGGACAUGACAGACAAUGUACAUCGUCCUUACUGCGCCGAGUACGCAAAAAGUGGAAGGUCGAAAUGCAGAGGCUGCAAUGCUUUGAUAGAGAACAGGCUGCUUCGGCUUGGAAUUUGCACUCAGCUCUCCUACUGGUUUCACAAGGAUUGCUUCUUUAAGCGGCACAAACCUGGCAGUACAAGUGACAUUUUAAAUUUUAACAAACUGAGAGCUGAAGACCAAACUUACGUCCGAGCAAAUAUUGGCACAAAUCAUGAGACUGAAGAAGUGGCGGCGGCGAAGAAAUCCUCUCAGGAUGGUAGUGGUGCUGAUGAGGACGAGGGGACCGAGGACAAUUCUGAAACAGACGUAGAUGCAAGCAGUGAGGAUGGAGGAAAGGAAAAUGCAGUAAAGGCGAAACCUGCGAGGAGAAAUACCAAAAUUGUGGGCGACAAAUCAAAAUUCAUGAUCGACUAUUCGCUGUCCGAGCGGUCCACUUGUUGCUCUUGCCAUGAGAAAAUCACCAAGAGUAUUGUUAGGAUCGCUAGAAUGGACUACACGUCGAACAAAGGCAACGCUCUGAACGGGAUCCCUCGCUGGUAUCACGUGCAGUGUUUUGCUUCAAACAGAGACUUCUUCGAGUUCUGGGACGGCGCUGACUGCCUGCCUGGUUUCUUCGCCUUGAAGGCCCAGGACCAAAAGGAACUGGCGCAACUGCUGCCUGAAAUUACAACGGAAAUGAUGAUUGCGCAAGGAGCAAGCCAGUGGAAAAUUCAGAAGAUUGCUUCUCACCGCUUGCAGAAGUUGAAGACCCUGCUGGCAGGGCUAACAGUGAAAGACUACGAGCGUAUCCUCAAGCACAACAAGCAGGAAAUUCCUGCAAAGGCCAAGAAAAGCGCUCUGCUGGACCUUUUGAUUGCUGCUGCCAAACAUGGAGUGGUCGUCAGCUGCCCAGAGUGCAAAAGCAAAGGCAACGUUAACAAGACUGUGACCAACCUGUACAAGUGCUUUAACACGAAAGACGGCGAAAACUGCACAUACGAGAGCCUGGAGCCGCCUCGCACCGAGCUGAAAAUCCCGAAGCCGCUGAGAGACGAGUUUGACUUCUUCAAUACCUACAAGUUCACCGUGCAAGAAAAAUCCACAGAGACUGAAAACCAGAUGCCAACUACAGGGCUCAACAUCAAUGCACCCGAGUUUGUUCCCAGAGAAAAGGUUUUAUUGCCGAAAGGCCCUCUGAACGGACAAGAAUUCGUUGUGAUCGGCGUGGCGCACGCCAAGGAAAGGAUCAAGCAGCUGGGGGGACGCGUUGUCACAUUUAUCAACGGCAGGACCAAGGCGGUCAUCACCAAUCAAGCAAGCAUCAAGGCUUUCCAGGAGAACAACAAAAAUCGGUUCAACUACAUAGAGCAGUUCAGCACUCCGAUUGUGGGCGAAGAAUUUUUGGAGCACGUCGGCACAGCCAGACUGAAGGAUCUGCUGCGGCGACACGACAUGGCUGCGCAGUGGAUCUAUGACAUCGGAGACUGCUUUUUGAAUGAAAAGUACGGCCCGUGGGGGCGCAACUGGUGGUAAAGACUAUCAAGACUGCAGUUGCCAAUUUUGGCGCUACGUCAGCAAUUUAUACGGAGUUGAGGAAUAAACAGGAUGAUUGUGUUUUAAUACAAAAAGUA